UAGGGUUUUGGAUGAAGCGUUAGAAGUUCCCGAGAUCUCAUUCUCUUCGCCUUCUAUAUAUUUUGAAACCCUUUUUGUUCUUUUUCUCUGAGUCGCCAUUUUUGUUGCAGAGAGAUCGGUUUUAACUUUGAAGAUGGGGGAAGAGAGAUUGACUGGUGUGGUUCAAUGGUUCAACGAUUCGAAGGGGUUCGGGUUCAUCAAGCCAGAUGUGGAAGGACCUGAUCUGUUUGUUCAUCAAUCCUCCAUAAAAUCAGAUGGCUACCGUAGCCUUGUCGUUGGAGAUCAUGUUGAGUUUCAGAUCGCUUCGGGUGAUGAUGGGAAAUCGAAAGCUAUUGAGGUCGUUGCGCUUGAUGGAUCUUCGGGAAAUCGGAGGGAUAACUUUGGGGGUGGUGGUGGACGGGGCGGCCGGGGCGGCGGGGGUUAUGGGUUUGGUGGUUGGAGGGGCGGUGAUAGGCGGAAUGGCAGCAGUGGAGCCGGUGGGGGUGGGUGUUAUCAAUGUGGUGAGCAAGGGCAUUUGGCUAGAGACUGUGCCCGUGCUAGUAACCGCGGCGGAGGAGGUGGCAGCGGUGGUGGUUGUUUUACUUGCGGUGAAGUUGGCCACUUAGCAAGGGAUUGUCCACGAGGAAACAGCGGCGGAGGCGGCGGCGGGGCCGGUGGUGGGGGUUGUUAUAAUUGUGGUGGUUUUGGGCACUUGGCUAGGGAUUGCAAUAGGGGUGGAGCUGGAGGUGGAAGUGGUGGUGGUGGUGGUGGUUGCUUUAAUUGUGGGGAGUAUGGGCAUUUAGCCAGAGAUUGCCAGAAUGAAAGCCGUAACAGCGGCGGCGGCGGAAGAUUUGGUGGCGGAGGUGGCGGUGGCGCCAACACUUGCUUCAAUUGCGGGAAAUCGGGGCAUUUUGCUAGGGAGUGUCCUGAUGCACCAUGAUAAGGAGAGGAAAAAGAUGUGUGCUUACAGCACAGUGUGGCCGGGAGUUAUGUCGGGCGACGCCUUCGUCCUGCUACACCCAGGAGAGUGGAACGCCAUCACCAUGCUCGCGGUCGUGGUCCGGCUGCAUCUGCGGCCGCACAUAUUGCUCCGAAGAAGCAGCAGCCAGGCAGAUUCUCCGACUAAGUUCAGGCUGAAUGGUGCUGGCGGGGUUGGUUGAUUUCAUUUUACAAAUAUUAGUAUUAAAUAUCACGUUGACCCGAGAUUAGAUCUUUUUUAUUUGACAUCUAAGUUAUAGGAGGAUUGAUCGAUGAACUUAGAAUGGAUAGUGAUGUAAACCAUUUUAGUGCAGGGCUCGUUAGACUCUUCAGGAAUAGGCGCUGAUUAAUUAGGUGAAAGAAAAUACGAGGUUACUUCAUUCAAGAAAACAUGAAAGGAUAAUUUGAAUA